AUGGGAGGCCGGGGUUCAUCCGUCCGAGUCGGCCGAAACGCGGGCAUGACCAGGAAUUUAGGCCAACCAAUUCUUAUAUGUCCUGGAUCUACCUCUCGUCUUUACUCCGGAUUUAAAUCGUCCCAAGCUUUGGAUUCAAAUGAUAGUGAAGCAAAAAUCAUGGCACUUGAUUCCCCAGGCAUUUUAGAGCCUAAUGUGAGGACCUUGACGGAGCAACUCAGUCUGGGUGUGUGUGGCGCUAUCAAUAUUGAUAGUGUUAACAAAGGUUAG